ACUUCCCACCCGCAACAUCGUGCCUGCGUUGUCCUUCAGUAACAAACAAACUCUCGCCCCUCCUUCUCCUCCCCUCCAGAUUUGACCUUCUCUCUUCUUCUGUUUAUUUCUGAGGACAAGACCAUAAUCAUACACGAGCACCUAUCCGUUUCUUGACGACUGCUACGACUCACGAUCAAAAAAGAACUACAACGCAUAAUCCUGCCCAUUCUUCUUGGCUCUUCUAUUUUUCUUCCCCCCCGCCCCCCUUCCAGUUGCAAUUGCGCGCCUCUUCGCUUGUCUGGCGUCUCCUUUGGCAUUUGUUGAUCAUCUCAAGUCACCUUGUACACGGAACACACACUCUCAUACACAAGGCCUACUGCUUCUCGCCCGGGCCAUCCAUCGUCUUCAAUCAUACACCGCAUUUUGGCUCUCUGCUGGACAACUUCUUCUAUCAGUAAUACCAAGCUACUGGAGCCUUCACAGUCCCGACCACUCUUACGAAUCGCUCCGUCUCUGCAGCACGUCCCGUAUUUCGCACUGCCUUAGCAUCAUUCGACAUGGCGUCUGAUGGAAAGACCGAGGGCGAGCCUCGCCAGUAUCUGCCCCUGACCUGUCACGGUCACUCUCGACCCGUUCCCCACCUGAGUUUCUCCAGCUAUGAGCGCGGCGGGGAGUACUUCAUGAUCUCCGCUUGCAAAGAUGGUAAUCCCAUGCUUCGAGAUGGUCGUAACGGCGACUGGAUUGGUACCUUCAUCGGCCACAAGGGUGCCACCUGGCAGGCCAAACUCAGCCCCGACAACUGCACUGCCGCGUCCGCGUCGGCCGAUUUCUCCGUCAAGAUCUGGGACGCCCAUACCGGCGAGAUGCGCCUUGUGCUCAAGCACGACCAUGUUGCGCGCGCCGUGGCGUUCCCUGUUAGCAACUCUGACAUUGUCGCCACUGGAGGCCACGAGAAGAUUCUACGCAUCUGGGGCCUGAACAAGGCGGAUUAUCAAUUCCGCGAGGAUGUCACAACUGAAGAGAACGGGGCCCUCCACAUCCCCCCUUCUCUGGCUUUCCAGGUCGGCACCGCUCACCCCGACACCAUCAAGUCUAUCGUCUGGUGCAACGAGGGCACGAUUGUCACUGCUGCUGGCAAGACGCUGCGCUGGCACAAUGUGGACAAGCGUGAUUGUUUCAAGGAGCAGACUUUUGACUCAGAGAUCAAGUCCUGUGAGAUGGUCUUCCUGGCCCCCAAGUUCGCUGAACCUACCGAUCUCGGCGAGGGUCGCCCCAUCCUGUGCGUUGCCGCUGGCAAAUCGGUUUAUUUCUUCUCGACCACCGAUCAGCCCGAGGAAAUCAAGAGCUUCAACCUGAAACACGGUGUCGCCAGUGUCUCGCUUGACCUGAAGGGCAGAAAGUUCGUUGUCGGCGAGGAGCCUGGCACCUGGGCUCGCGUUUACGACUGGGAUGGUCGUGAGAUCGACGUCAUGAAGGGUCACCACGGCCCCAUCUGGUGCAUUCAGUUCUCGCCCGACGGCAAGCUGUACGCGACCGGCUCGGAAGACGGGACGAUUCGGAUGUGGAAGAACUGUGCUGAGGAGUAUGGACUGUGGCGCGACCGCAGUACUGCAGUCUCGGAGCGGGUUGAGUAG